AGGGAGGCGCGUGGCUGGGGCUGACGGCGAUUGACGCGGCCGGCCUCUGGUGGCGGCGGCUGCAGCAAGGAGGGGGCUGAGGCGGCUGCGGACUGGGGGGCGCCCCUCUCCCGGCCGGGGGGGAGCGGCACGCGGAGCAGGUCAUCUCUCCAACCCAAUGAAAAGAAGAGCAGGGUGGGACAUUCAAGAGGGAAAAGCACCUUCACUUGGCUAAGGAAGGGCACUCCUGGAUGGAAGUUUCUCUUCUUGUGCUAAAGACCCUGGGCAGCCAGUGCUGGAAAGGAGCUCAUAUCUGACUCCACCUGUCUGCUUCACAUCCAACACUGAAUUGCUGUCAUGUGAGGGUUAACUGGAGAUCAAAUGGCAAAGGGGGCUGACCAGCUGUGAGGGAGAAAGCAGGAAUGUUAACAGCUGACUCAGCAGUGUGAAGUGGAAGUUCAAGUGAAUUUGCAUCUGUCUUUUCCACACCUCCAUUUUUAAAGGAAAACUGCACUAUUAAAAAAAAAAAAAAAAAAGUAACUGUAUACAGUAAAAGCUGUGUUAUCCGGCACUUUACCAACCAGAAAGAUCUAGAAACCGGCAUUUCUGAUCUCUGCCAAUACAAAUCUUCAAUCUAGUAACCGGGACCAAUGCCAAAGCUAACUGGAAUCGAUGCUGAAGCUAUUCGGGACCCAAGUAUUUCCGAGAGCAGUCGGACUGUGCUCGAGUUAGCUGAGAAAAGCCGAAUGCUGUUCUUUCUGUUUGUAUCCGCCAUUGUGAUCGGUUGGUUUAUUACUCUGUGCAUUGUCCUGUGUUUAUUGUAAAAUAUCAACACCACCCUACCAUCAUGGCAUCCAAAAUACCAGCGAAAAGCAAAGGAAAGAAGCAAGAGUUGUGUUGACAUUAAAACAGAAAAUAGAUAUUUGUACAUGUCUUGAAAAGGGUGAGAAUAGGAAUGUUUUGAUGCAAGAGUACAAUGUUGGCUCGUCCACAAUAUAUGACAUCAAGGCUCAGAAAGGACAACUGCUCAAAUUUUUUGCUAGUUGUGAGUCAAAUAAAGCUUUUGAACAACGCCGUACUCUGCAUACGCCUAAAUUGGAGCAGCUAGACAGUGUUUUAUAUGAAUGGUUUUUAUUGAAACGAUCGGAGGGUGCCUCUAUAUCUGGCCCAAUGCUCAUUGAAAAGGCAAAAGAUUUUUAUAAGCAAAUGCAAUUGACUGAGCCAUGUGCAUUUUCUGAUGGAUGGCUUUCAUGUUUUAAACUUCGUCACGGCAUUAAAAAGCUAGAUGUAUCCGAACAAAAAUCGGCUGACCAUGAAGCUGCAGAAAAAUAUUGUGAAUUUUUUAGAAAUUUAAUUGCUGAACAUGAUCUAUCCCCUGAACAAAUUUAUAAUGCUGAUGAAACUUGCCUAUUUUGGCGAUUUCUGAUCUCUGCCAAUACGAAUCUUCAAUCUUUGGCUUGCCAAAUUCUACCAUAGCAGGUGCAAGUGAAUCUAGUGCUGCUGGUUUUAAGCAGAAUAAAGACAGACUAUCUGUUCUUACGUGUGCUAAUGCUGCAAGCUUGCAUAAAAUAAAACUUUUGGUGAUUGGGAAAUAUUGUCAUCCUAGAGCUUUCAAAGGUGUUGCACAUUUACCUGUUGUUUACAAAGCACAAGGUAAUUCAUGGAUGAACAAAGAAAUUUUUUAUGAUUGGUUUCAUCAUGUUUUUGUACCUGCAGUGAAAGAACAUUUUAGAAAAAUAAGCUUACCUGAAGAUAGCAAAGCUAUUCUAUUGCUAGACAAUUGUAGAGCUCACCCUCAUGAAACAGAAUUAGUGUCUGGUAAUAUUUUUACCAUCUUCCUGCCUGCCAGUGUUGCUUCAUUGAUUCAACCCAUGGACCAGGGCAUCAUCCAGAAUAUGAAAUGUUAUUACAGAAGAGAUUUCCUGAGAAAGUUGAUCAAUCAUGAAGGCACUGUACAGGACUUUCAAUCUCUUUAUAAUAUAAAAGAUGCAGUUUUUAAUGUUGCUUGUGCCUGGAAUUCUGUUAAAAGUGAAACAUUAAGGAGAGCUUGGAUAAAAUUGUGGCCUAAUGUUUGCAGAAGUGUCUUCUGAUGAAGAUGAAUUUGAAGACUUUAAAGUAAGAGUUAGAAAAAAUACAUUAGCACAAAUUCUUGAAAUGGUGAAGGAUACUUCUUCUUCACACCACAUCAACAAACUUCAUGAAAGUGAGCUAGAAGAGUGGGUUGAAGCUGAUAAGGAGUUUGAAGUGACACACACUAUUACUGAUACAGAAAUAAUAGAGAAUGUUUUGAAAACUGAAAAGUCAAAGGACACUGAUAAAGACAGUGAAGAAGAAGAUUUUAGUGAAGAGGACAAAAUAACUUGGGGAAAGGCUGCUUCAGCUUUUGAUACAGUAAUUCAAUUUGCAGAAAGGCAACCAUGUUAUACUGCCCAGGAGGUUAUACAAUUGCACAUUCUGCACUCUACUUUUCUGCAAAAGAGGCAGAAGACAAGUAAGCAAGCUGAUAUAAGGGAUUUAGUCAAAAAAACAGCUUCCAGGGUGUGUAAUAGGGUCAGUACAGAUUCAGCCCAAUCUCCUACACCUUCUACAUCUACAAUGAUAAUUGAUAUUGAUAAUGAUGACCCUGAGGAAUUGCAAGAUCCUGAAGUGUCUUCUGAAUCAUCAAAGAAAGAUUGUUAUGUUCAGUAUAGUUUUAGUUGAAGUGUUAUUUUUAGUGAUCUGGGUGUAUGCCAUGUGCUGCCCAUAGUGAUAUGUAGUGUCAUCAGAUAACCUACUAUAUAGAAAACUUUACCUGUAUACACCUAAGUGCUUCAAGAAACCAACCACUCUGCCGUGCAGUAUUACUACUGGAUUGCAGAGCAGUGACCUGAGACUUUGGAGGGCAGCACCCCUAGAGAUACACGUCGCCCUCCAUCACGCACACUCCUCCAGCACCAUGUCAGGAAACUACACCCCCUCUUCUGGGGGCCCCUUCUCGGCUCUCACCCCCAGCAUCUGGCCACAGGAGAUCCUGGCAAAGUACACCCAGAAAGAAGAGUUGGUGGAGCAGCCAGAAUUCCGGUACGAUGAAUUUGGCUUCCGAGUGGAUAAGGAAGAUGGCACUGAGCCGAACUCCAGCAAGCUGCUGGGGAUUCCGCUGACAGAGGAGCCACAGCAGAGGCUGAAGUGGCAGGCCCACCUGGAAUUCACGCACAACCACGACGUGGGGGACCUCACCUGGGACAAAAUCGAGGUCACGCUGCCGGGUUCGGACAAGCUGCGCUCACUGGUACUGGCUGGCAUCCCACACAGCAUGAGGCCUCAGCUGUGGAUGCGUCUCUCUGGGGCCCUGCAGAAGAAGAGGAAUUCGGAGAUGUCCUACCGAGACAUUGUGAAAAACAGCUCCAAUGAUGAAAUUAUCUCUGCCAAACAGAUUGAGAAGGACCUGCUCCGCACCAUGCCCAGCAACGCCUGCUUCUCCAAUAUGAACAGCAUCGGGGUGCCACGACUGCGCAGGAUACUCCGGGGACUAGCCUGGCUUUACCCAGAGAUCGGAUACUGCCAAGGCACCGGCAUGGUGGCGGCUUCCCUGCUGCUCUUCUUGGAGGAGGAAGAUGCCUUCUGGAUGAUGUGCGCCAUCAUCGAGGACCUGGUACCUGCCUCCUACUUCAGCACCACGCUGAUGGGAGUGCAAACCGACCAGCGCGUCCUACGCCACCUCAUCGUGCAGUACCUGCCACAGCUGGACAAGCUCCUGCAAGAGCAUGACAUUGAGCUGUCCCUGAUCACCCUGCACUGGUUCCUCACGUGCUUCGCUAGCGUUGUGCAUAUCAAACUGCUGCUGCGUAUCUGGGACCUCUUCUUCUACCAGGGUUCGCUAGUGCUUUUCCAGGUCACCUUGAGCAUGCUCAGUAUGAAGGAAGAUGAGCUAAUCCAGUCGGAGAAUUCUGCCUCCAUCUUCAACACUCUCUCAGACAUCCCGUCUCAGAUCGAGGAUGCGGAGGUGCUGCUGCGGGAGGCCAUGCGCAUUGCUGGCUCGCUGACAGACAUGGCGGUGGAGACCCAGCGCCGCAAGCACCUGGCUUACCUCAUUGCUGACCAAGGGCAGCUACUCAACCCCAGCACCGCUGUCAAUAAUCUAUCCAAGAUUGUGCGGCGCAGGACCCAGCGCAGGAAAUCUGGCAUUACCUCGUUGCUUUUCGGUGAGGAUGAUUUGGAGGCACUGAAGGCCAAGAACAUCAAGCAGACUGAGCUGGUGGCUGACCUUCGUGAGGCGAUCCUGCAGGUGGCACGGCACUUCCAGUGCGUGGAUCCAAAGAACUGCAGCAUUGACCUGACUCCGGAUUACACCAUGGAGAGCCACCAGCGGGACCACGAAAACUAUGUGGCAUGUUCCCAGCACCGCCGGCGCCGAGCCAAGGCACUGCUGGACUUUGAACGCCAUGACGAUGAUGAGUUAGGCUUCCGCAAGAACGACAUCAUCACAAUCAUAUCCCAAAAGGAUGAGCACUGUUGGGUGGGGGAACUGAAUGGACUGAGAGGUUGGUUUCCUGCAAAAUUUGUGGAGGUCUUGGAUGAACGGAGCAAAGAGUACUCCGUUGCUGGCGACGACUCGGUCACAGAAGGGGUGACAGACUUGGUUCGAGGGUCGCUCUGUCCAGCGCUGAAGUCUAUAUUUGAGCAUGGGUUAAAGAAGCCGUCCCUGCUGGGGGGGCCCUGCCAUCCCUGGCUGUUUAUCGAAGAGGCCGCCGGACGGGAGGUGGAACGAGACUUCGACUCGGUGUACUCCCGCCUCGUGCUCUGUAAGACUUACAGACUGGAUGAAGAUGGAAAAGUUCUGACUCCAGAGGAGCUGCUUUACCGGGCAGUGCAGUCCGUGAACAUGACACACGACGCUGCGCACGCUCAGAUGGACGUGAAACUUCGCUCUCUCAUCUGUGUUGGACUCAAUGAGCAGGUCCUGCACCUGUGGCUGGAGGUGUUGUGCUCGAGCCUGCAGACAGUAGAGAAAUGGUUCCAUCCCUGGUCCUUCCUGCGCAGUCCUGGCUGGGUACAGAUCAAGUGUGAGCUCAGGGUCCUCUCCAGAUUUGCAUUCAGUCUCUCUCAGGACUGGGAACUUCCUAUAAAGAGAGAGGAGAAGGAGAAGAAGCCGCUGAAGGAAGGAGUGCAGGACAUGCUGGUGAAGCACCAUCUCUUCAGCUGGGACAUAGAUGGCUGACCCAACCCACUGUGGACCUUCUAGACUGCCACACGCAACACACACUCUCCUCCCGUGACUCACCCGUGACUGCUCUCAGCCCAGCUGAAGCGACAGCCUCUCCAGCUUGGCGGGCACUGCGCCUGAGGCAAUGGGUGGGUGGAGGGCUGUGUGUGGUUAGUCUUGCAGGCAGAAAUCCUUCCCCCAGCCUGUGCAGCGCACCCUGCACCAGCUGCCCAGCUCCCAUUCCCAUGUGUUCCCUUGCCCCCAGCGCUGCUCGUGGGGGAGACACUCCACUGGCCAGAUCUCUAGCUUCCCUUUUGCCCCACCCUGCUGCUGCUCUGGGAAGGGUUCUUAUCUGCCUCAUGACCCCCUCUCCUGCCGAUCCUAAGGCCAGUGAGCAGACCUGUGUCUCCGUACCAACAUUUCCAAGUGCCGCUGUAGCUCAGAAUGUGAGGGCUGAAGAGGCAGCUUCUCCUGGCUGCUUGAUAACUGCGGGGUCUGUUGUGGCUCGGGGGGAGCUGUGUGUUUCUCACCAGCCUGUGGCAGGAAAAGGGGGAGAGGCAGCAGAACCACUGGCUGGCCUCAGCUUCCCUGUCACUUGUGCUUUGGGAGCCUCCCUCUGUGAAAGAUUUUUUGUCUUGUUGCCCUAGUACUGACAGGGACAGAUGGGGGUGCUGACAGGAUGUGCCUAAGGGAGCAGCCAGUUACCAACUACAACUGCUUUAGGGGAUGGGGCCUUUUCUCAAAAGUGUGGAGGGAAGCCCUAGUUCUCCCCUAGCCUGAGGGAGUAUCGUGCUGUCGGUUUAGCUGCUCGCUGUGUUGUUUUAAAUUAACCAAAAAGCUGUAAAUGAUCUCUAGACAUAUCUGUAUAUUUUGGCAUCAUCUUAGCUCAGGAAGUGGGUUCAGGCCUGAACUGGCUCAGGGAGACUAACUCAGCCCCUACCCUGUGGGAAGAGGCUGAGACUGCAAGAUAGGAGUGGAGCAUCACUACUUCUGUAGGGUAGCUCUGUUCCAUGGAGUCUGUGACGUUAUCAAUGAAAGCACUUGUUUGUGAGCACAUACUAUUCAUGAAAUAACACUAGAUUCUUACUUUCCUUUAGCCUUGGGGACUGUAAAUAAAGUGCAUCUUGGGAGAGCUUUGGUGGUUUUCUCCAGCAGGGGCUGGCGGGUGAGCAUAUUGCUUUGCUUUUGCAGGUGUUUGUGGGGUUUAAGAUGGAUGCCUGCUCUCUGUGCUCCUGGAGGGAAAGAGGAAUGCUUUACAGGAGCAGUGAAUUAGUCUUGAUCUCACUCAGUGACCCUGAAAUCAUCUCGUCUCUUUUGUCCCUGUCUCCAGCUGAAAUGGGUCUUAAUCCUUUACAGCUUGGUUUGGAAUUUAGCAAAUUGGACAAGGCUGCACUGUGCAGUGGUAGCAAACAAGAGCAGUGUGAUUUAUAGGCACAUGGAAUUGUAUCCCCACCCCUGUGGGGAAAGGUGCCCCUCUGUGUUGCAGAACAGAAUAUUCAGCUGUGGGUACUGCAUUAGCACCAAUUCUACAGUGCAACAGUAGGGCCAGGAAAGACUAGGGAAACUGUGGCUUCCUGACUAAAGCAGGUACCAGAACUAGUGAGAGCAUAGGGGGACAGAAUAUUCAGGACACCUCUAAUGGUGGACGUUUUGUCAGGUUUUAAACUGUACAAAUAAAAAUCACAUUCCCUGCUACUUAUCAGUGUAAAAAGACCCAGCAGGAAAAGCUGUUCUGAACUUUUUCAUCUGUCAAAAAGGGAAGGGGGCAAGGCAACCACAUGCCUCAGUGUAGGGGGGUGGGGAAGAGAGACUGUAUCAAAACAGAGUCCAGGGCUGAACACAGUUAAGAGGUAAGGUGCCCUUUAUACUUCCACAAGGGAAGCAAAGAAAACAGGAGAGCCUCAUGUGACAGCUCUUUAGGAAUUGUGUACUCCUGUGUCCUAAACACGACCGAUGGAAACCUCAAGAAGGUUGGAGACAAAUGGGAGAGGGUAGGGAUGAGCACAGGGCAUGCCAGCCUGUUUCUACUCUAGCAGGACUGGAUCCAUUUGCAGGACACCUGCUCCUGGGGGGUGCUCCACUGUAGUAUGUGCACACACCCUACACUCUUACCAGAGACUAAACAGUGUUGCAGUACCACACCUUGUCCUCCAAGUGGGGACAUACAGGGCGGUGUAAACCCACUGCUACUCCAAUUCCUUCUCUACUAUAACACCUGGAAGACACUGCUGCUGAGGGGAAGAAGAGCAGGAGGUAGAACACCCUGAGGCAUAAAGUAUCUUGAAGAUCUCACAUUACUGUACAGCUAGGUAGCCUCUCUCUGACCUGAGGAAUCUCCUACACUGGAGCCUCCCUAAGCAGUAGGUCAACACAGAGGCGGGUGGUGAGGUGAAUUAAAGACAGGUUGGAGGACUGUCACCCAAGGUCAUGCCAGCUGUGGAUGCAGGGCUGAUGGUGUAAUGUUUCACAAAUGUGUGAAUCAAGGAGCAGGUUGCAGCUCUGUAGGUUUCUGAGAUGGUGAUCUUCUUAAAUAGGGUUAGAGCAGUGGACUGAGCCUUUGCUUGCGGAGGGGGAUAUUUCACAGCAGGUCAAGAUACAAUCAAACCCUCCUCGACAGGCUGAGUCGAAAUCAGCUGUCCCCUCAUCCUUUUGGCCAAAUAUACAGAGUCUUAAUCCUGGCCGGGUAGAUGGCAAGGGCCAUACUUAAAUCUAAUGAUUGGAGACUAGCUUCUGCCUUCAAGGUGGUGGCUGAGGAUAAAAUACCGGUAAAUGGCUGUCUUGGGUGGUGUGAAAUUCCAACAAGUCUUUAGGGAGGCAUCAAGGAUGGGGGUGCAGCGUGACCUUGUCACGCUAGGACAUAGUGGAUGGUGGAUCUGCCAUGAGACCCCCCCCAAGUUCUCUCAUUCUUCUGGCUGAGGUGAUGGCUAUCAGAAGCAAGUCUCAAGGAUGAGAAAGCAGGGACUUCGCAACUGCUGGUAAACCACUGAAGUAUCUGUGUGAGGAGAGAGAUACCAGAACCACAGCCAUUCUUCACAUGAGAGGGAGCAAGCUCUUGGUCCUCACCAGUUUACAUAAUACAUAACUGCACCGAUGUCCACCGUUAUCCUGACAGAGGGGCCCUUUCUGUCAGAAAUAAGUGCUAAUAUGAGGAGUGUGCUUCCCUUGGUUCCAGGAUGCUGAUUUGGAGCGAACUUUCUUGUGAGGACCAUUUUCCCUGUGCUGUGGCAUACCACCCAGAAGAGGCUUUGAGGGGAGCAGACUUGAGACUGGGGUUUCCACCUAAGAGAGGCUAAUACUCCUGGAAGCACAGUGAUUUGUUUGGAAAGACAGGGGUAUACAUAAUGCUUAGCAAGGCUUGACCAUCUGAGAUGCAGCCUUGCAUCUGGCAUAAUGAACAUGGAGGCUGACAGGGCCUAGGAGUUGAAUGCAGACAGCCCCUUGCAGUUGGUUUCUGAGGCUUCAAGAGGCUGUUGGUUUUGGUGCCCUUGAGGUGGUCAUCUUGGUUCUAGAUGCAUCUGCUAGAGAUGUCAGAUAGCACCAAGGAAGGUGCCUCUUGGUUGAAGAAGUCUCUGGCAGGAGAAAGUGGCUUUCUUCUUUUAGAGGUCUUCAGCUCUGAAAUUGAGUCUAGAUGUCACUGGUAUGGCCUGAGAGGUUGAGGCUAGAAAUCAGGCCCUGAGGAGUGUUCCUUGAAGAGGAGCUUCAGUCUAGCCCCUCUAUCCUUGUGGGACCUGCCCUUAAACCUCCAUGCAGACUUUGCACUUGGAUGGGACGUGAAAUUUUUCUCAGGCACCACAGACAGCUACAGGUGCUAUCAAUCACUAUAAGGAAAAGACCUGUGGAACCUCUGUCUUAAGUAUAAUCUGGGUAAGUGCCAUAGACCGCAAAGGCAGAAGGGGCAAGAAGUUCAGAGCCCCUCCCCAAAUAACUCAGGGGGGAAAAUUCCAAAACUCACAGGCCAGGAAGCAGCUGUCACUGCAGUUGCUCCGGCUUGAGCUGUAGCCAGUUAAGAAUUGGAGGGGUGAUGGGUCCAUAUCUCCCUAUGGCCUUUCAGCUGGGAGCACAAGACCCUGCACUUCACAGGCACUCACCCACUGACACAGUUAUUUACAAUCUUUGGUCAAGAGUUCAGGGUGCAUAUAUGUCAAAAGCAGAGCACCCAUAAGGGCACAUACUAAAUAACUGGAUCUCCCACUCCCAGCUGAAGAGGGCAGCACACUCCCCUCUACAUUGAACUAAGGGGAAGACAUUUUACUAGUCUUGGAGAAAUGGAAGUGGGUUAAAAUCUGUCCUCAGGGGAAGAGAGGACGUUGCUGUUUGUGUGCAGGUGGUUAGUUCCCCCUCGGUGUAUGGAAAUGUCCCUGCAGGUGCCUCUCAUCAUUUCUGCCCAGUCACCAAGAACAAAAUUCAACAGCAUUUGAAAAUGAGACCAAGCAUGCUGGGAAGGGGAAGCUGCUGUAGGUACAAUAAUGCACCUCCUCCUCCCUUCCCAAAGACAAAAGGAGAAGGAAUCUCAGCCUGCAAGGGCCAAGAUGUCCCUGUAUCUUUUCCCUUCACCACUGCCUACAAGACAGACCUUUUGAUCAUGUUUUUUCUUUAUUUUUUAAUAAAAUGGAUUUGUUUCCAAA